CGGAACAAAUGUCCAAUCGUAAGAAUGGGUCAAUGCUGUAAAAGUAUGACAGAAAAACAAAAAGAUCAUGGUCUCUGAUCUCAUCAUGAUGCUUAUUCGGUUUCCCCACAUUUUGUUGCCGCUGCGGGUUAUAUAAAUCUGGCGAACCACUCAACAACAUGAGGUUAUUGAAGAUCAACGUCAAGCUAUAAUCUGCACGGAUCUACUCUAUUACUGCUGCAUCUUACAUAUACUAUCUGCAACGUUACCUGAGAUUUCACGAUGGCCUGUGAUUGCGGAAAUACCUGCGGCUGCUCCGGUCCCCAGAGCUGCACUUGUGGCGAGGCCUGCCAGUGCAAGAACUGCGGAGUAAGUAUAGCUAUAGAUGAUUGGGUUUUAUAUGACGCUGAUUAUUUGCAAAGAAGUAAAUCAUUCGCCCGCACUUGGCUACUUGCGAUGAAUCCGGUUCAAGCCUAUGAUAUUGAAUGAAAGGGGAUGCAAAUGAAUUGGAGUACUGUCUAAGCGUCAUUUUGGACCUUGUAUUGAAUACUACUUAAUACAUACACUCUCUUUAACCGGUCUAUAAUAAUGUUUAUAUCUCUUAUAUAUAUACAUAA